UACAAACAGAUAUUAUAAUACCGUGAUCAUCACAAUAUCACCAUUCAUUUCUUCAUCUGCCGUGCAUUACUCGGUCCAAGAAGAAACCCAGCGGUUUGAAGAUUAACUGAUCGUCUUAUAGUUUCCCCGUUAAAACAGAACCAAAAAUGCGUGAGUGUAUUUCCAUCCAUGUUGGUCAAGCCGGUGUCCAGAUGGGCAAUGCCUGCUGGGAGUUGUACUGUUUGGAGCACGGUAUCCAGCCUGACGGACAGAUGCCAAGUGACAAGACCAUCGGAGGAGGUGAUGAUUCCUUCAACACCUUCUUUAGUGAAACUGGUGCUGGUAAACACGUCCCUCGUGCUGUGUUCGUCGAUCUUGAACCAACCGUCGUUGAUGAAGUCCGAACUGGCACCUACCGUCAGCUUUUCCAUCCCGAGCAGCUAAUCACUGGCAAAGAAGAUGCUGCCAACAACUACGCCAGAGGCCAUUAUACCGUCGGCAAAGAACUCAUCGACAUGGUUCUCGACAGAAUCCGGAAAUUAGCAGAUCAGUGCACUGGUCUUCAGGGAUUCCUGAUCUUUCACAGCUUCGGUGGUGGCACUGGAUCCGGUUUCACUUCACUUCUUAUGGAACGUCUGUCUGUUGAUUAUGGCAAGAAAUCCAAGCUUGAGUUCGCCAUCUACCCAGCGCCUCAGAUUGCCACUGCAGUCGUCGAGCCAUACAACUCUAUCUUGACCACACAUACAACCCUCGAACACUCAGACUGUGCCUUCAUGGUCGACAACGAAGCCAUCUACGACAUCUGCCGAAGGAAUCUCGACAUCGAAAGACCAACCUACACUAAUUUGAAUCGUCUGAUUGGCCAAAUUGUAUCAUCCAUUACUGCGUCUCUUCGAUUUGAUGGUGCAUUGAAUGUGGACUUGACUGAAUUCCAGACCAACUUGGUACCCUACCCACGUAUUCACUUCCCUCUCGCCACAUAUGCCCCAGUCAUUUCAGCCGAAAAAGCUUACCACGAGCAGCUGACCGUUUCAGAAAUCACCAGCGCUUGCUUCGAACCAGCCAACCAGAUGGUGAAAUGUGAUCCACGUCAUGGAAAAUACAUGGCUUGCUGUCUGUUGUACCGUGGUGACGUUGUACCAAAAGAUGUCAACGCAGCCAUUGCUACCAUCAAAACCAAGAGAACCAUCCAGUUUGUUGACUGGUGUCCAACUGGUUUCAAGGUAGGCAUUAACUACCAACCUCCAACAGUGGUACCAGGAGGUGACUUAGCCAAAGUUCAACGUGCCGUGUGCAUGUUGAGCAACACCACAGCCAUCGCCGAGGCAUGGGCUCGUCUUGAUCACAAAUUCGAUUUGAUGUACGCUAAGCGUGCUUUCGUACAUUGGUACGUAGGUGAAGGUAUGGAGGAAGGAGAGUUCUCUGAGGCUCGUGAAGAUUUGGCAGCCCUGGAGAAGGACUACGAAGAGGUCGGCGUGGACUCUGUCGAAGGAGAAGAAGAAGAGGAAGGAGAUGAAUAUUAAACAAAGAAACAUACUAUAGAAGUUGCAAUAUGGUAUUUUUACAAAAACGUAAAACCAUACAUUAUUUAUACAACUGUACUUUUUAGUUAUUUAUGGCUAUUUUAUACGAAAACAAUUAUCAUGUUUAAGUUCAGUUUAGUCAUGUGCUGAUUUUAAAUUGACUGAGCAAAUGAUGAUGGUAUUAAUAAUAAUAAUAAUAAUAAUAAUAAUAAUAAUAAUAAUAAUAAUAGUUAAUAAUAAUAACAAUAAUAAUAAUUAAUAAUGAUAAUAAUAGGCCUAAUAUUAAUAUAAAAAAAUGAUGUUAAAAAAAUGCACAUAAUAAUAAUAAUAAUAAUAAGACCACGGUAAUACUAAUGACAGUGGCGUAACGCAUAAGCGCUCUCGUGCGGCGGUCCGCAGGGCCCCUGGCCCCUAGACUCCUAAGGCCCCUCCCCUAACCACAUGGUCCUCGAUCUAGCAUCCUGACCAAAAGGGUUUUGUUGAUACAUAACAGCAUAAUGUAUCUCUAACAUCGACUGUAUAUCAUACUAUUUUAAAUUUUAAAUCUGAGUGCAAUUUCCGGCCAUUUAGGGGUGUCGUAAACAUAAAUUUUCUUACCUCAUCCAAACCAUGUUGGGGCUGAGGUGGUAUUGACCCUUUAUCAGUGAAAGUCUCUCUGGGCCCUAUUAAACAUUCCUGGAUUCGCCACUCAUAUCAUAUCAUUUAUUUUGUCUUUAAAAACAUUUAGAAUACAAUGACAAACAUAAUUAAAACGAACAUGCACCUAAAAUCCCACAAUGGAAUUUGCGAAAAGGGACCCAUGAAAAGGCCCCCACUUUCAGAAAGCCACAGGGCCCCCGACCCCAUCGUUACGCCCCUGACUAAUGAAAAUAAUAAUAAUGUUAAUAAUAAUAAUAGUAAUACUACUACUACUACUACUACUACUACUAAUAAUAAUAAUAAUAAUAAUAAUAAUAGGCCUAUUAAUAAUAAUAAUGCUGUUAAUAAUAAAGGCGUAUAAUAAUAAUAGUAAUGAUAACGAUGAUAAUGGUAAUGAUGUUGGUAAUUGCAAUUAUAAUGAUACUGUUAUGGUAAUGGUAAAAAUGAUGAUAAUAAAAGAAAAGCAA